AUGAAAGGGUCUACAAUUGGAGAUAGCGACGCGAGCAAUGUCGCUGACAGGAUGAUGACGUUGCACACAAAACCCAAUAGCAGUGGGCGUCCAAUUUGUGUGCUGGCUUUGCCACUUCUCUUGUUGUGGCUACUGCUCUGCUUGACCAUUGACGAAAGUGUGGGCGGCAAGACUACGACCAUUGUGCGUCAUACGGAUACAGCGGAUCCAGAUUUGGACGGCUUCUGGACAAAUAGGACCACCUGGAAUGCGCGCUGGGUGAAAUACUGGCGGGCCAAACGCAUUUACGAGCCGGUUUGGAAGAAAGUGUGGACACCUACCAUAUUAACCGAGUGGGUGCCGCUGCCCAAUGCGCCGGCACCGGAUGCCUGGGAGGAGCAAAAGCAGGAUAAACUGUAGCUGCACUCGAGCUUGGCCUGAAAGACUGACAACUAUUAUUAAGUAUUUAUUUAUUUGUUUAUUUAUUUAUU